CAGAAAGUUUAAGAGUGCUUUACAGGGGAGACUCACUUCUUUUUGCCUCAACCUUUCCACGCUGACGGGAUGUUACGGGUUUUGCUGCUUACUCUCUCUGUAGUUGCCGUUGCUGAUGCUGAGCUCUGCAAGCCAGAUGCACAGAAUGCUUUCAAAGUGCGGCUUAGUAUCAAAACAGCUUUGGGAGAUAAUGCAUAUGCCUGGGAUGCCAAUGAGGAGUACCUCUUCAAAGCAAUGGUGGCUUUUGCAAUGAGAAAAUAUUCCAGGAAGACCACAACUCAAAUUUCCAAUGUGCUGCUCUGCAAUGUGACGGAUCGGGUGUCAUUUUGGUUUGUGGUCACAGAUUCUUCCAAAAAUGUGUCAACUGUUCCUGGAAGUGAGGUAGAGGCAGCGAUCAGGAUGAACCGGCACAGAAUCAACAACGCCUUUCUACUGAGUGACAAAACACUCCAGUUCCUGAAGAUAACCUCAACCUUAUCACCGCCUGUUGAACCCUCCACGCCUGUCUGGCUUAUUGUAUUUGGUGUUGUUCUUUGUCUCAUUGUGGCUGGAAUUGUUUUACUCGUUGUUACAGGGAUUCGGAAACACAAGAAAAAGAACAAAGAGUCGACAGAGAGAGAAAAUUUAGAAGAGAAGGGCGAAGUGACAGUAACAGUAGAAAAUGGCAUUCCUUGCGAAGCACUGGAUUUCAAAGCAGGCCACGUUAAUGGAGUCUUUGCAGCAGAUGAUGAACGGUUCACGUCCUUAUGAAGUGCUGCCAUUGCUAUCUGGCAGUUCUUUGAAAGACUCCUGUGCCUACCUUAUCUCGUCACUACUCCUGAAUGUCAAACAUGAAGACAAGAAAAAUGGCCUUUCACUUAAUUUCCCUCGAGAGAACCUUUUGCUGAUAACACAUACACUCGAACCUCCAUUACAAAGCUUUUGUUCAUGAGCAAAGCAAAUGAGAAGACCUCAAAUUAUAUCCAUUAAAGAUUUCCAGAAGAUGUACAGCAGAACAGGGUCAAAACCUGCCUUGUGUCAGGCAUUUGAUUUUAAUUAUUAUUUAAAUAUGUCCAUUGCUUGUUUUUCCCUGAUGUAAAUGUGAAAAUGCAUUAUUCCUACAUGUCACUGGGGAGAUCAUCUAUCAUUGUCAAUUCUAGCUGGGCUUUAUUUCAAGCCAUACACAAAAGUUUCUCUGUAAAAUGACUUCUGUUUCCUGAUAAGUAGUAUACCUUUGGAUGGAAUAGUGAUCAGUGCAUGAAAGUUUUCAUUUAUUGAGGAAAAAAACCCGAGCUUUCACAUCCUCCGUAAGAGCAGGUUAAAAAGCAUCUGGGUCAUCUAUAGCUUUAGGGCUAGUAAAAGUCUGGUACUAAAAGUGUUUUUCACUCAGCAGUCGAAGUCACAGAUUACAUGACCUGGAAAUUAAAAGUUGCAAAAGUUUGAAAUUUGUUGAAAAUACAAGUUGCAGCAAAGGGCAGAAUUUCCAAAGGUGCAGUCCGUGGUUAGUGGCCCAGCUCUCAUUAAGUCUAUGAGGGCAUUUCACAGCUCUUUGAAAAAAUCUUCCUUACAUUUUUUAAUAAUAAAACUCAAGUAGAUUUCCAGCAUAUAGCUAACCCUGGGUCAAGUGAACCUUCAUGUGACAGCAGGGUAGCUUCUGAAAGAUUCAGUGCUUGAAACACCAGCUGCUGGGCUUGGUGUGCCUGACUGGGAAGAGAACAUGUAGGUGGUGGUAAGUCAGCAGAGACCAUUCACUCCUGUGUUUCCAAUUUGUGUGGCCGGGAGUUGAGGACAUCAAAUGGUGCCAGACCCUGAGCUGUUGGAUUACUUUCAAGUCUGUCAUAUAUACAGACUGUGCUCUCUGUACCCUAAUCCCAUUGCCAUUUUAAUCAGUGAUAAAAUUCUGACUGAUUUCAGAACUGGGCCCCGGUGAAGGGCAGUUGUACGUGUGGGUAACUGCAGAGAGAGAAUGGAAGUGUGCUGUAGCAAACUGCAGUAUCUUCAGUCACCAAAUAGCUGCCCACGUUACUGUGACCAUUAGCCUUCCUGUUUCCAGUGUCAUGUUUGGAGGCAAUAUUAGAAAAGCAACCCCCAUUUACUUAUUAGGAUUAUUCCAUCAGACUCCUCACCAACAGGAAUGGGAUAAAACAGGGUAAAUUAAACAUGUUCAAGAGCUUCAGUGUUCUGAAGGCUCUAAAGAUUUCUUGUCUCCCAGGAUACAAAUCCUUCAGCAUUUUGGCUAUAUUGAGCACCUUUGGCUUUCCAUUUGACUCAGCGCUGGCUCUUGGGAACAGGGUGAGCAGAAGGGGAGGAAUGGGGAGAAGGAGAAGCAGCGGGACAAAGGGAGGAUGCUGAGCAGGGGAAGCCCAAGGCUAGGGGAGGUGGGGAGAGAAGGGCCAAAUGCAAAAUAAAACUAUGGAACCCACUGA